AUGUUGUUCUUCGAUUCCCUCGGCACGCACCAUCCUGCCAAGAUCCAGGAAAAUAUUAUCGCGUACCUUCAGGAGGCGUGGAGCUCUAACGACCGAGGAGAGGCUACUGUCGACAAGGACUUACUUCCUCUCGUGAUAACCGAGUCACCUCAGCAGGGCAAUGGCUGCGACUGUGGAAUUUUGGUCCUACGCAACGCAAAGGAUAUCCUCCAGGAGUGGCCGAUCGCUACUCAAGCAGAGGUUGACGAUGGAAUGCAGAAGCACUUCACACCCGAACUCUUCAGCCCAUCUGACAUCUCGAAUGAGCGCCGGAUGCUCCGGCAGCUGCUGCAGACAUACAAGGACCGCUACGAACGCGAGCUGCGACUGCGGGAAAUCAGCGAGAGGAGGGCAGGGGUGUUGUCGGACGACAGCGCGAGCAGCCCUUCAGACGUGGAGGUGGAAAAGGAUCAUAGAACGAUGUCGUCCGGAUGA